AUGGCGACCUUCCCGAUCAUGAAGAUGGCGGCUGCAAACACGGGGCGACUCACCUGGGAGGUGGAGGACAAGGGAGAUGCCUCUACGGGGCGUGGGCGCGGGCCCGGUUGCCGAGAUGACCGCCCGUCAAGUGUCGAGGCGCACCCACGGAGGGCGAAAGGUGAGGACUAUAGCGAGAUGUCCCCAUGGGCCGGCGUCUGUAUGGUCAAGGAGAUGCCGGCCGGCGAAGUGGCGAGGCUCACGGAGGUGAGUUGGGAGGACAAGGAGAUGGGGCUCCAAGGGGUGGCACCACCGCGCGGGCGAGACUACCAUGGUGGAGGAGGCAAUGACCACCGCGACUACCGCAGCUACUAUGGUGAUUAUCGUGACUACCGUGGCAACAAUAGUGGUGGUCACAACCUCUCUCGUGGUCGCCCCAAUGGCCACAAUCAGGGUCGCCCCAAUGAUCGGUACCAUACACCUCCAGAAGCCGUGGUGGCCACUCAGGGAGGCCGUAGUGGCAACCAAGGGGGCGUGGUCGUGGUCGAGUAG